AUGAGAUGUUUUAUAGUUCAUCAUUAUAUCUUCUCCUUCAUCUAUUUGCCGGUUGUGCUCGGCCUGACGCCUCCUAUUCCCUAUCCGCCAUCUGACAAUGUUAGUCAAGAUAUUUUAGCCUCACUCGCUGAUCCCGAGCAGUCUGCUACGGGCAUUGCCUAUUUUGAGCAAUACAUCGACCACAACAAUCCAGACUUCGGAGUGUUUAACCAGACCUAUUGGUAUAAUGCCACUUUCUGGAAAGGCCCGGGGUCACCUGUCAUCUUAUUCACCCCUGGCGAGGUCGCUGCUACGGGUUAUAUGUCGUACAUGACUGACCAAGCCCUCACCGGUCUGAUCGCCAAAGAAGUUGGCGGUGCAGUUAUCUUAGUUGAGCAUCGAUACUGGGGCAACAGCACGCCGUACGAAAUCCAAACGACGAAGAACCUUCGGUUUUUAAACUUGGACCAAUCCGUCGCCGACUUCGUUCAUUUUGCCCAAACUGUUAAGCUACCGUUUGACGCAGACGGCACAUCGAACGCAUCCGAUGCCCCUUGGAUCUGGAGUGGUGGUUCCUACUCCGGCGCCUUAGGUGCCUGGAUCCAAAGUCUUGCACCCGGGACUUUUUGGGCCACGCAUUCUAGUAGUGGUCCCGUCGAGGCGAUUUUCGAUUAUUGGCAAUAUUUCUACCCUAUCCAACAAGGCAUGCCCAAGAACUGCUCAGAAGAUUAUACCUCCAUUAUUGAUCAUGUUGACAAGGUGUUCACUAACGGAUCUGAAAAAGAUACGGCCGGUUUAAAGCAGUUAUUCGGGCUCCAAGAUAUCGUACAUCUAGAUGAUGUAGCUGCGUUCGUAUUCUCGCGAUCCUCCUCUAUCCAGUACAGUCGUUUUAACACUAUUUUCAGAGCGAUAUCAUCUCCAAUCUGGACCUGGCAGAGCAUUCAGUUCACCUCUGGUUACUCCCAAUUCUACCAGAUGUGUGAUGCCAUUGAGGGUUUUCCCCCAAACUCAACUACGCCACUCAACAGCAGUAGCCCUCGUGGAGUCGGCCUUGAAAUUUCAUUACCCAACUUCGCUGAGUGGUUCAAGACUCAUUACCUACCAGGGUAUUGUGCCUCCUACGGUUAUGAUGAGUGGAAGGGCGACUUUAACACCGCUUGCUUCGAUACAUACAAUCCCUCUAGCCCAAUGUUCACAGACCAAACCGGGGCGAAUGGGUUCGAUCGUACUUGGGUAUGGAUGACUUGUAAUGACCCCUUUUUCUACUACCAAACUGGUGCACCGGUAAGCCGCUCUACCGUGUUCUCACGGCUCGCCAACGCAGACUACUGGCAGCGUCAGUGCGAGCUAUUCUUUCCCGAGGAGGGUGAGUUCACCUAUGGGAGCGCCUUGGGUAAGACAGCGUCAGACGUCAACGUCCGUACCAAAGGCUGGCAGCUGCCUGAAUAUUCAGACGCCGAGUCCCGGCUCCUCUGGGUAAACGGCGAGUUUGAUCCAUGGAGAUCAGCUUCCGUCGCUAGUGAGUUUAGGCCUAGAGGCCCCUUGGCUUCCACGCCGGAUGUUCCCAGCAUUCUAAUCCCCGGUUCGCGUCACUGUAACGACCUCCGUGUCCAAAACGCGGUAAACCCAUAUAUUAAGAAAGCGCAAGCAGAUAUCGUGUUUCAAAUUUCAAAGUGGACAAAUGACUUCUACACAAAAAAGAGAGAACACAUCGCUAUUGCAUCAUAAUUUGGUUGGCGUGGUGUUCUGUAUUUACUCCUAAAAAUCUCUAUUUAAAAGGGAUAUAAUUAGAAGGUUAGGAUUGAGUAACUACUAUACAAGUUUGCUUGAGUAAUGUAAUAGAUAUGCCAUGGUAUACGUAUGGGAAGUACCGCCUUUUAAGCAUCCAAUAUUAAUUCUUGAAUGAUAUCAUCAAUAUUCUCG